CCCCUCCAAAGUCUCCAAUCUUCCAAUCCUCCAAACCCUUGACAAGAUCCAACAAUCCUUCACAACCAACUCCUUCGAAAACUCCCAUUGCCCUUCUCUCAUACCCUGCGAGCCCAGCAGGUGCACAUUAGACACCAUGCGUGUCAUCGGGCUCACAGGAUCAAUUGCCACAGGCAAGUCAACUGCAGCCAGUGUCCUCUCAUCUCCACCCUACUCGCUACCUUUAAUCGACGCCGAUCUACUUGCCCGCAAAGCCGUGGAACCAGGUUCAUGGGGCUAUCGACAUAUCGUGUCGACCUUUGGACCUUCCACACCAGAUCUACUUCUACCAGCAUCUGAUCCGCUGUGCGGCGGGCGAGAAGAUGGACCGAAUGGGAAGGGAAGACCUUUGAAUCGUCCAGCACUGGGAAGGAGAGUGUUUGGCAACAGUGAAGAGAGAGUCAAAGAUCGACAGAAACUCAAUGCUAUUGUCCACCCAGCCGUCAGAUUCUAUAUGGUUCGAUCGGUCCUUUACUAUUACUUGAUGGGCUACUGGGGGGUGAUCCUUGAUAUUCCUCUAAUGUUUGAGUCCGGCCUGGAUAUCUUCUGCGGCACAAUUCUCGUCGUCGCUGUUACAGACCCCAAGAUCCAAUUACAACGACUACGAUCGCGAGACCCGCAUCUUUCGGCAGAAGAUGCCGAGAACAGAGUCAAAAGUCAGGUUGAUGUACGCGAAAAGGCGGCCAGAAAUGAGGCAAGAAAUAAUGGAAACCCUAAUGCCGGGAGAGGUUACGUUUUGUACAAUGAUGGAAGCAAGGAGGAUCUGAAACUGCAGAUUGCAGAUACUAUGCAGAAAAUCCGAGAUCGGAGUCCUCGAUGGUGGAGCUUAUUAUUGCUGCUAUGUCCUCCUCUCAUGGCUACCACAGCAUCGUGGGAAAUUCUUUGGAACUGGUGGGUCCGACGAAAAACGGUCAAGGCUCGUGGCCAAGAGCUAGCAAAGGCGAAGAUAUAAUAGACUGAUUUCAAUGGUUGGUUUUGG